AUGGGUACCGGACGGGGUAUUUAUCCCGCCUUGGUCACUCUUCUUCUCGUCCCAUGGAGUGGCGCACAAAAUGUGAACAUUGGCGGGCAAAAUAUUGGAAUUGGUCAAUCCGGUCUUCCAGGCUCAGGUUUACCAGGAUCCGGAGGCACAAUUUUCACCGGCACCGGCAAUAAUCCCUAUUAUGGAGAGGGAGUCGCCGGCGCAUCGAUGUUCCGCGCGGACGCGGCUGUGGUGGUCACAUGGUACAACACAGCGUCGGCCAUCUCCGGACGAUCGGAUAUCGAUGCUGGGCAAACGGCAACAUAUCAAGUUCAACAAUGGUAUCUAACCGAUUGGGAAAGGAUGAACACUCUGUACACGUAUCGAGUCGGAUAUCUCAAGCUGGCUCCACUUCGGGCAAAUGAUCUUAAUGCGACGAAUUUGCAAUCCGGUUUGGUCACCUCUCCAAUCUCGUUGCAUUGGUUGUGGACGCCGGAGAAUCAGAAUUUUGCUACAACCACUUUUUCACAGGCAGAAAUCAACGCACGAACGGAAUUCGUGAAGAAGAAGGCCACCCAAAUGUGCCACGAUUGGUACGACGAGGAUGGAGCAUUGUUCAACUUUAUUCGUGACACCGAGAGCAAUUCAUCGUGUCCGUGUGUGGAGAGUCAAGCGAGAUUGGAUUUGGGACGAUUCAUGCCACAUCCACGGUGCUCACAGGUUCCUGGUCUCUCCGUUUUUGUCCACGAUUACAUGCCGUACUUCUUGUGUUGUAAAUUUGCCGAUUUCCGUUGUCAAAUGUUUUAUUGGAGAAGACCAUCCAGUGCUUGCCAACAGUAUCAAUCUCCAGCCAUUGGCCAAAUCUCCGGUGGUGGCACAACAGUCACAAUCGACAAUCAGAAGUUUAUCUUUGACGAGCCGGGUGUCUUCAAUUUCCUUCAUAUUCCGAAAACGACGAGAAAUCCUGAAGUGAGGAUACAAGUACGAUUGGAGAGAUAUCCCAAUCGGAAGGUCGAUUUUGGUCUACUUGGUCGUUACAUGCCACAAAUGGAUUUGGUUCAACCAACGAAUAUCACCGUCGUUACGGGAAUCGUUUUAGAGGCUACUGGAUCUGAAAGAGUUCAUAUUAUGGCCCGAAAGGACACUCGACGUUUCCGCUACAGAACCGACAUUUUGGUGGGCGGAAUCGUUCGAUACUUUGACACGAUUCAUCUGCAAAGAUUUAAAGGUGUGAUCAUCUACGUGAACAAUGUGGACAGUCGUGGUCAACCGGAGAUUUACGUCGUUUUGGAGGAAGCACAGAUCGGAAUUCGUGUUCGAGAAAGCUACGCGGUUGAUGUUGAUCGUUUAUCGAUGUUCCAAGAGAGUAUGGGAAUGCUCGACAUCCAACUCUCCGUCCCCCCACAAUAUGGAGUGCGACCUGAUGGUGACAACACCCGUGACGCACAACUCCGACAGAUCUACAAUCUGCCUCGAGUAUCCGGUUUAAUGCGCCCAUUCCCCGAUCAAUCAACUGGAUCUCUCGACCUUGGCAUCACUCUAAAUGACGUGAAUUCGGAUCAAUACCGACAACAGAUCAUACAACAAUAUCGUGUCUAUGGAACGGGCGAACCGGGCUCAGAACAAGCUCAACCGGGGAUCAAUGUGCAAGGGUUGCCACAAGAGAAUAUGUUCACAACGAGCAAGGAAGAAGACAAAGCGUUCGACGUUUUCCCGGAGGCUCAAUCGAGAAAAGCGCCCGUUUUCAAGUCAGCUCCAAUCUGGGAAACAGGUCCAAAUCGUUUCCAUGUGCAAACAGGUCAAAUUGUCAGUCAGCUUCUCGCCACUUGUACCGAUUUGCAAAAUAAUCCAAAUGUGGAUCUUGCUCCAUAUCAAUCCUUUCAAACGGAAGCCUACGGGCAACGGAAUUGCCCGGACGAUCCGGGAAGUAUUCUCCAGGAUUGUGGAGAUAAUGUCCCUUGUCUCUACGAUUACACGCUGUUCAACUCGAAGAUUUUGGGACAACUCGAGCUAGAGACAUACAACAAUUUCCUCUCCGACCGACUCCAGGCACAGAGACAAUAUAACUCUUGUGGAGCGAUCAACAUCGAGUACCCUGAGUAUAUGAUGAAAACGCCGGCCAUGGCAAGUGGAUAUUUGCAAGGUGAUGUUGCCCGUUUUGAUUGCUAUCAAUCACAUUGGAUUCACGGUGAUCACGAGUAUAAAUGCGGUAUCAUCAUUGAUCGAAAUGAUCAAUCCGGAUUGUCGUACCGAUAUGAGUGGAACAAGGGAAGUCAACCAUGGUGUCGAUCGAGAAUCAAAGAGAAUUACUUCAAAUGGUUGGCCACGAUUUUCGGUUUCGUCGGCUGUGUUUUGGUGAUAAUCUUGAUCUUCUUGAUGUGUUGGUGUAUAAAGCAGAGGAGAUUGAAUGAGAGAGCCGACGAGUAUGGAACAACGCAAAGAGGAGGCGGAGGACCGGCUUUCGGGAAUAAGGCUUUUGUCGCCGAUCGUCAAUUCGAUAACAUGAGUGAACCGCCGCGGCCAACGGGCAUUCCCCGAGCCACACCGGUGGCCCUCGAGCCAAGAAGAUUCUCUCCCACUCCAUCCUCGAUUCCAGGCAGUGUUCAGCCGCCGAUUCUCGGAAUGAACACCAGUGUU